AUGUUUUAUACGCAGCCUCAUGCGGUGGAGACGCAAACGCCACCGUCGGCUGUGGAACAUUUUGUACAACAUGCUCGAAUUACAAACAACAGCAUCAGAUCGCAUGUAUACUAUCGUGUCAGCUUAAUGGAUGUGAUUGUCGACCAAAUUACGUUUACAACGAAGACAUUAAGAGAUGCGUUCUCCCACAAGACUGUCAACAAGCUUAUGCGAGCGCAUUUGCCAGUGCGUACGCCACUUCGAAUUCUGCUAUCGUUUGUAAAUGAAAUGAGUAAUUCACUUGCAGUUAAAGAGCCGGAAACUGCAGACCAUAACUCGAGGGACGAUUUCGAUCGAGGAAACGGCAAUUUUACUGCAGCAUUUUUAUAUAGUGGAAUAGAUGAGAGCCCAAAUAGCAGUAUCAUCACAUCCCCCUUCAGUGUGCUAUUUCUUUUAGCCCAAUUAGCGCUUUAUGCAAAGGGGACCUCGUAUGAACAAUUAGCAAACCUUCUCAAUAUAAAAAGCAGGAAUGAGAUUAGAUCGAUUGUCCCAGAUUAUUUAGACGAUAUAAAUUCUCAACAAAAUGUGACGCUGCAAUUAGCUGAGAAAGUGUAUGGCAAUGUUCAAUUUCCAUUCAAGAAAUCGUUCAAACGAGACACCAGAUUGGUUUUUCAUGCAGAAGCCGAGAAUCUUGAUUUCAGCGAUCCUAUUCAGGCUGCUAAUUCGAUAAAUUCCUGGAUUGCGUCAGAAACUAAUAAUCUUGUAAAAGAUUUAAUAUCUCCGUCCGUGUUGAGUCAGAAUACACGUCUAGUACUGACAGACGCGAUUUAUUUCAAGGGUGACUGGCAAACUCCAUUCAACGCGAAGAUGACUAAAUUAAAAGAUUUCUAUAUCAAUGAAAGUAUUACCGUCUCUGUAAAUAUGAUGAAUCAAAUUAACACUUUUAACUAUGGAAACCUUGAUAGUAUCAAUGCAAAGGUCCUCCAAUUAUUCUAUAAAAGUUCUAACGUAUCAUUUGUCGCCAUAUUGCCAAAUAAAGGACAAGAUGUAUUGACAAUUGCACAAAAAUUUAAAAGUUCAUGUUUUGAUUUUAAAGAAGAUGUAAUAAAUAAACUUAAGUCUAGAAAAGUUAAUGUAUCCCUUCCAUUAAUAGAUACUGAAACUACAACCGAUCUGGAAGAGAUUUUAAAGAAGACAUCUGUUAAAUAUGUACAAAAGGUGGCCUUAUUGCUCACACAACAAUCUCAACCAAACAACCAGAACGGUGUGACUGAAAUAUUUGAUCCCGAUACAUCAGACUUAACUGGUAUUCUCAAACAGGCCCAAAAAUUGUAUGUUUCAUCAGCCGUACAAAAAGCAAAAAUUAUUGUCAACGAAUCAGGUUCAGAGGCAGCUGCAGGAAAUGCAUUCAUAAUUGGAUUAACUUCAGUUCAACACGAAGCGCAACCUGAAGAAUUUAAUGCGAACACUCCUUUCGUAUACUACAUUCUUUUUAAAUAUACACCAAUAUUCGCUGGAUUCUAUUCAGGACCGCAAUAA